AUGGCGACCUCGGACCAACUCCAACUAAACAAGACGCUCGCCAUCAGCACCUCGCUCCUCGCAAGCGGCGCGAUCCUCUCUCUAUCCGCCUACACGGUCCCCGUGCUCAACGCGCGCAGCACCGACGCGGGCAGCAGCACGGCGAGCCUGCACCAGCUGCGCAGCAUCUUCUCCUCGGGCUCGCACGUCUUUCCGCAGCUCGCGAUCCUCAGCAGCGGCCUGUUUGGCUACCUCGCCACCAGCGCCACCAGCGCCUCGAACGCGCGGCUCUUCACGGCUGCCGCGGUGAGCGUGGCGGCUAUACUGCCGUUUACGGCGUUUGUCAUGGUGCCGGCGAGCAAUGGGCGGUUGAUUGAGCUGGAAGCUAAGGCUAAAGAGGGGGGAGAGGAGGCCGUGGGGAAGGAGGGGGGUGAUGCCGAGGUCACGGAGUUGCUGGAGAGGUUUGGGAAGUUGAACUUUGUCAGGGGCGUGUUGAUUGGGUUUGGCGGCAUCCUGGGGGCGUGGGCUUCGAUUGAUUGA